AUGGGAUCGAUAACUCUCACAGAGAUCAACUUCCGGCUUGGCUGGCCAAACCCCGGCCUACUUCCUGUGGAUCUCAUCAAAGAAGCAAGUCAGAUAGCGCUGUCUCAAAGCGAAAACUUCACUCGAGAAAGUCUGCUCCAGUAUGGUCCUGACGAUGGCUACGUGCUUCUGCGUGAGAAGAUAGCAGGAUGGCUGACCUCGUUCUACGCACCUGAACGAGCAAUCACCCAGGAACGUCUGUGUAUCACUGGAGGUGCUAGUCAGAACCUCUCAUGCGUUCUGCAGUCAUUCACGGAGCCGUCUGUCACUCAAUUCAUCUGGAUGGUGGCGCCUACAUACUUCUGUGCCUGCCGUGUCUUCGACGAUGCUGGAUUUGCUGGCAGACUGCGAGCUGUUCCCGAAGAUGACGAAGGCAUCGACAUUGGAUAUCUAGCUGAACAGUUGGAGAGAUGUGCAUCUCAAGAGCAGAUCCCCAAGGACUCUAUGAAGACGUUCAGGACCUGGAGCAAGUUCUAUCGACACGUUAUCUACACAGUGCCAACCUUCGCAAAUCCAUCUGGCCGAAUCAUGAGUCUGGCUCGAAGAGAAGCGCUGGUGAGACUCGCUAGAAAACACGACGCACUGAUUGUCUCAGACGAUGUCUAUGACAUGUUGCAAUGGGACUGCCAUGCAAGCAAAGAAUUCAAGCUUCGCAAGACAGCUUGCCAAUCAAGAUUCGUUGACAUCGAUGCUCACCUCGAUGGUGGCCCAAUCGACGACUUCGGUAACAGCAUGAGUAAUGGCACAUUCAGCAAGAUCAUGGGGCCAGGCUUGCGUACUGGUUGGGCUGAAGGCACACCAAAGUUCGCUUGGGGAUUAUCUCAAACAGGAUCAACUAGAUCAGGUGGAUGUGCAUCUCAAUUCGGAGCCGCGAUACUAGCCCAGCUCAUAGACACAUCGUUGCCAUCUUAUCUGCACACGGUAUUGCAGCCGACUUAUGCUCGACGCUAUUACAAACUCAUAAGUGCCAUAAAAGAGUAUCUGCUACCGCUAGGAGUGGCCGUAUCGCCGCCUGAUAAGAGUGGGAUGGCAGGAGGAUAUUAUGUAUGGCUUCAGUUGCCCGACCAUGUCAAAGUACAGCAGGUCGUUCAGCUUGCGUCAGAGCAGAACUUGCUUCUUCAUCCUGGAAGCAUGUUCCUGGUUGAAGCGGAUCUGUCGAAGUGUCAACAAUCCUUCUUGAAUGGUGUCAGAGUCUGCUUUGUCUGGGCCGACGAGGAUCUUCUCAUUGAAGGUGUGGAGCGUUUGGCGGUUAUAGUGAGGGCAUUGUCUGUCGAUACGAUCCCCACUCUGGCGCUUUAGAUUAACCAUAAAGCUGUGAGAGGAU